AUGUCGAAGGAAGUGGAUUUAGUUUUAAUGGAAGAAUUGUUUAAUAGAUAUAAAAAUCAAUACAUUAAUAAAAGGAUGACGGAUAAGCAGAAUGAGAAUUUAAAAUAUUGGCACGAACGGGCUAAUAAAUAUGGAAUUACGUUAAGUCAAAUUGACAAUUGGAUGUACGAGACGAAAAUAAUUCCAAAGAUGCUCACAAUAUUCGAGACAGGCAUUGUUUUUGCUAAAUUAAAAAUAUUUGCUGUAGAUUUCACACAGUUCCUUAAUUUUAUCGAACAGCUGAGUCGUGAGAAGAAUUUAGAUGCAAAUGUUAUUAAGAUGAAAAUGCUGGAACCAAAAAGUGACGAUUCACAAAAGCUUUAA